AUGAGCAAUUCCGAUGCCGAAAGAAACCCCACUGAAUACAAUUACUUGAAAUCCCGGCUAUCCCCUCAGCAACUUCAAGCAAGCAUUGACUUCUAUGAGGCCGAUAGCAAAUUGACCCCAGAGGAUCGAGAGAAGUUGAAACAGGAAUUACAAUCGGUUCUUGUUUCCAACAAUCUCAUCGGCUACUCCGCCGGUAUGAUUGGUCUUAUCACACCCACGAUAUACUACAGACUAAUCAAGAAACAAACCCCAUCCAAGCUUUCAUUUAUUCAGAAACCUUUCCUUUCAUUUUUCCUUGGUCUCGCAAACAUGAUUGCUGUCAGUACAAUUGUGCAAAGAAAGAGCUUCAAUGACAAAAUAUCCAGUGGUGAGCUUAGUGGAGCUCAGUUGAAUGCUUGGAAGCACAUGGAAUGGCACAAUAUUGGUGCGUUUUAUUACUAUUACUUGAAAUCAUCAAAGGAUCCAAAGUACAAAUUACAAGAUCCCAGAACGGUGACAGUGGAUCCGGCAACCAGAAGAGUUGUUGAACCAAGUCCCGAUAAAGUCAGUUUUGAUCCUCAAGUGUACAAGGAGAAGGAGUUUCAUCAAAGAGAAGGUACAAACGUUAUCAAUGGAGUUGGCUUAAACGACCACCACAAUUUAUCCCAUUGGGACAAGAUUAGAUUGGCCAACGGCUUUGACGUCACCGAAGAUGAAGGGCCGGGGGGGCCGGAACAGUCACAGGAAUCUUCGCUUGUUGGAAAUGCUAAUGAGAAAGUAUCCGAACCUGAUUCCCAGGACUCACGCAAUCAAUUAUCGGCGUGGGACAGAAUCAGAGGUAGUAAGUAG